UACUAAAAAUGGGUCAAACUGCAAUGAAGCCCAUAAAUCAAUUAAGCCCGGCCCAUAAGUCAAGAUGUCGAGCCCAAUAACCAAAACAACAGCAACAGCAGCAGCCUCGGCGGCGGAAGAAGAACUGACGAAGACGACGACGGCGACGGUGGUGGCCAAGAGGAAGAGUUGAGAGAGUAGGAAGGAGGAGGAGGAAACCAAGAGGAAGAGCAAGCGAUGUCGUUCAUGAAAGGGGAUCUGCUCACUCGGACGAGGAAUCUCGUCAAGGGCUUGGCCAAGACCGAGCCCGUCUGGCUCAAAGCUAUGCAGCAGUCACCACCCGCGACAUUUCCUCGGGUUGGCAAAGUUUCGACGAUCACGCUCCCCGAGGAUGUUUACGUCAAGAAGUUCUUCCAGAGGCACCCUGAUUCGAAGCAUGAGGAUGCCAUCAAGUUUGUUGGCUUUAAUCCCCCUCCAGCUCGUGUUUUCGGCCAGCGGGUUCUUGAACUGAAGGAACAAGGAGUUCAUGAAGAGGAAGCUAUGGCCGUAGCCGAUAUGGAAUAUCGUCUUGAGAAGAAGGGGAGGAAGAAGGCAUAUUCUCGGCUGAAACAAAUCUCCAAGCUUCUAGGAAAGAAGCCGCCUCCUAAUCCGUACCCGAGUGCCAUCAAAGAGAUACAGGCCGAGGAAAGGAAGUAUGUCCGAGACCGUUUCUACAAUCCCGAGAUCCGCCAAAUUCUCAUUAAGAUGAAACAGGAGCAAGCGGCAGAGAGGAUGGAGAGAAUGCGAGGAAGUGACCACUAAAUACUCUUCUUUCAUUGAAGUUGGGAUGCUCGUGAUAAUAAAGUUUUGUAGCUAUUUGCUAUUAUAUGCUAGAAAAUUUGCAGUGUACAAGAUGGUACUUUCUGUAACCGAACAAAAUAUUAGAAUUUCUAUGUGUUUGCUGAUGAUCUGAUACCUUAUGAUUGGUUCAUUC